ACAGAAGAAAAGGUAUUUGAGGUUCACGCAAUCCCCUGUGAGUCUGUUAGAAAGAGAGGAACCUAAAGGUAAAGGUAGCACAUUUCAAAAACUAACUCCAGAAAGAAACUAACUCCUGGUGGAAGAAGAAGCAUCUAUAUUAUUAAAAAAAUGAAUAGACAGAUUGGCUUCAAACACCGUGGUGUGGUAGUCCAUGAUGCCCAUGGCUUAAAAAACUUUUGGGAAGAAAUCAUUGAAUCACAGACCAAGCAAAAAGAAGUUGAAGAUUCCCGAUUAACCAGAAGUGCUUUGAAUAAGCUCCGACAUGAAUGGGCCCAGCGGCUAGAAGGUCAACUAAAGAUGCUUCAGAAGACAAGUGAGAAGCCUAACGUGCAGACUAGCCUAUUGCCAAUUGAAACUUUUCAGCCAAUGCAUAAAACAGCAGCCUAAAGUUGUUGGUGAAAUGUAAGAGAAUGUAUUUUCCUAGCAUUGACUGGACCUAAUUUUGAUCUUGGAGACACUAUACUGAAUGUGAACAGCAAUUCCAAUGACAUCGAAGUUUUAAAUGAGCUGGUAAGAGAUUAAUCAGGCUCAGUUCGUGCCUUUCUCCACAGUUGUCAGCAUAGGUCAGAUAAUAACAAAAUAAUUUAUAUUGACUGUUAAAACGUUAUGAUAAAUUUUAAACUGUGUGUUAAUAUAUCUCUGUACCCAGAAAUAUCUUGGUAUCGUCUUCAAUUUAUCAGGUGACAGCGUUAUAGUUUUAGGGUGGGGGAACUAUUCUUUAUUGGGUAUAAAAUGAUGGCGAUGAUGAUGAUCAAUGAACACGGUGCUUAUAUUUGGCUAAUAUAUUUCCUUGUGCUCCUUUCCUUGAAGUUUUCCCAAAUGUUUGGAAUUCUUGAGACUGAAGCAUCUUCAGUUUUGAGAAAACAAACCAUCUUUUUGCAGAUCUGUAUAUGUAUGUUUUUCGAAGUUGAACUCCUUUCCUGUUCCCAAAUGAGUUUCAAGGAGAAAAAUCUGUUGAAAAAAUCUCAGUUUUCCCCAUUAGGAUAUA